AUGCUUUCACAAUUUAUCAGACAUAAAAAUCUAUCAUUUUAUAAGCAAAUCUCGCAGCGAUGUUUAUCGUCUCUGUCAAAAAACUAUGUAUGUGAUAUGUCGGUAAUUGAAGCUUAUCAAAAAAAUCAGAAACUAAAAGAAAUUAUUGACCGUCAAGAGCAUCAGUAUUAUUUUCACGAUGAUACGAAAACAAAUCAACAACAACAAGGAAUACCAGCAGUAUUCAAGCGAAUUCCAGCUAAGUCUGAACUACCGGAAAAGGCACAACAUUUAGUCAGCUCAUCAUCUGGUCAUUCAAAGAAGACUAUAACGAUCGAUGAAUUCAUGGAUUUAACCAUUUGGAAUGACCGUGGUAAAGGUAAAUUUCCCGGCUUGCUUGGUAUGGAAAUCUUAUCUUUGUCACAUGGUCAUACGACAUGUCAACUCGAAGUUCGUGAAGAGUUUCUCGCACCCAAUGGUUAUCUUCAUGCAGGCGUUGUCGUUACUCUUGCCGACACAGCUUGCGGUUAUGGCUGUGUGCAUUCGCGACCUCCGGGUGCAAAAUUAUUCACCACAAUUGAAUUGAAAUCGAACUUUUUAGGAACAAUCAAACCACCUGGCACAAUUUUUUGUGAAGCACGAUUGGCUCACGGUGGUAAAACGACUCAAGUAUGGGAUGCGAAAGUCAAAGAUGUACAAAAGAACAAAAUAAUCGCACUCUUUCGAUGUACACAGUUGAUUCUUUACUAA